UUUGAGGUUGCUGGUCCUUGUCAUUAAUUUGAGGUUGGGCGUGACUGUUUUCCAGUGAAUCAUUUAGUUUAAAUACAAAAUUUUAGGUACUCAAUCUAAAAAAAAUAUCAUCGAGCUCAUCAAUAGCUGAUAGCAAGAGUAUAAGCUUUCAAAGAUGGUUUUAUUAAAUUCCUGCUGGUCACCAUGCAUUUGGUCUGAUAAUUUGAAAACUGCCUGUACAGCUAUAGCCUAUUACACAGGGGCUAUGAGUAUAGUCCUUAUAACAUUUAUCGUAUUUAAUAUGCUCGGUGGUGAUUCUUCACAACUAUACAAUCCCCUUUUUGAAGCUGAUGUACGCUUUUCUAUGCAAGUUUGGGGUUGGCUGCUUAUAUUUUAUUUUUUUCAAAUGAUAGGAUCAGCUGUGAUGCUUGUGUAUGGUAUUCAUAGAUUAAUUAGAGGGUUCAUGGUUCCCUGGCUAAUAAGUUUUGGAAUUGCUAUAUUGUUCCAGCUUGUAUUUGGUUUGUGGCUGAUUGGUGGUUAUUAUAUUUAUCUUGACGCUGUCUUCUAUGCAUUCAUCAUUUGGUGCUGGAUGGCUUAUAACGCAUACCUAUGGCUGGUCGUUUUUUCGCAGUACAAAGAAAUCGAGAAAAUGCAGUCACCCAAUAUUGAGUUGUUGUGGCCUUGAUGAUUCAAUACUGUUUUUGAUGUCUCCGUCCAUAAAGUAUAUGAUAUUUACACCACCUUUUGUGUAUAAAUAUUUUUGUAUUGUAUAUUUUACAAACUUUUGAAACACCUUGUUUUAUUCAGUUCUUAUGUUACUACAUUUUAUUUUCAAAUACAACUUUUUGAAUA